UCCGCGGCCAACCGGAGAUUACGUACCGAACUGCCGCUCUCCUCCACUGCUUUUUCAUGGUUUCUCCACGUGUCGAGGAGAGAGAGAGAGAGAGAGAGAGAUAGAGAGAUAGAUAGGGAGAUAGAGAAAAGUGAUUUCCACGUCGAUCGAAUCGAUUGCUUUUGGUGCGAUUUGGGAAUUUAAACGGUAGUGAACCUCUCUAUUUUCUUUGAAAGAACUCGUGAGCUUGAGGUUAUAAAUAUUGUUUCCCGUUGAUUCCAUCGAUCACGUAUGUCUCGUAAAUCGAUCUUGGUUAUUUCGAAGAUUUUGAAGUGAAGCAGGGAACGGAUGGACUAGUUUUUCUUUAUAAUAAUAAUUUUCAGAGAUUGGUGGAGAAGGAUUUUAAGAGAGCAAGAGGAAGCUUGGUCGCGGUGGAGGGCCGCAUUUAGUCAGAGGCGUGUUGCGGAAUAGAGUUACGCGGCCCCCUCCCGGUUAAAGUUAAAACACGCGUGGUGGGUUCACUGAAACGCGAUGAAAUUUGAGAUCGUUUGGAUGUAGAAGGUGGCAACGGCGUUUCUCGGCCUGUUGUGACGUAACGACCAUGUAACAACCGCAUCCGAACCAUCGUCCUCGCUUAUGACUCGUUGGAACACUCUGAAAAUUAAUCAUCGAUCAGGAGAUCAAUAAUAAAUUCGUAAAAAAAAAAAAAAAAUAUUUCUCCUAAUUUUUGUUAAUUUUUUCGUCAAUCGGUUCAUCAUAUUUUCUAAUUCAAAUACUGCGAAAAGAUUCCAAUUAGAAAUCGAUCGAAUAAUAAAGAAUUAAUUUCAUCGAGUUUAUAUUUUAUAUAGAGAAAGAAACGUAUAGGGAAGAAAGAUUACUUGCACGAUGGGUGAAAUAAAGUAUAGGUUAGAAAGAAGCGAAUGGGUAGGGGUAAUGGCUACCGCGUUGUGGAGAAUCUAGCACCUUCCCUAAUACGGCCUCGCGAUCCGGCUUGCGUCUGCACGGAUAUAGAAUCCUCCAUCUCUCUUUCGGCUCUCUCGUAGUCUCUCUAGCAUUUCUACUAAUACCGUGGUCACUAUACUUGCCACUAGACCCGCUUCCAAAAGUCCAAACUUUGAUCUCUUACCAACCUCGUCUCUCAACUUUGCCUCCGAUAUUACCCUAUGAUAUUUAAUAGGGAUUUAUAACGUUACGUUAGCACUGGUUGUUUACUUCCAGAUUAUAUUAAGCCACGUGGUUGGAAAUUUUAAAUUUAAGCUUUUCAAACUUCUUUUAAUAUUUCAUCCUUCAUCGAUGAUGAACGACGCCUUAAAAUUUCAUGCCUCCUUAAUAUCUAUGAGGAUAAUUUCUAUUCCGGGGUCAUCUUAUUAUCAUCUUAUUACCGCUAAUAAUAAAAAUUCCCUAUGAAUAAUUAUUAAUGAGUUUCUAGGGGGAAUUGCAAUUUUUAUGAUUAUCUUUCUACGAAAUUUUUUUAUUACCGUUAAUAAUAAAAAUUUUCUAUGAAUAGUAAUAAUAAUUGAAGUUCUAGGGGAAUUUUUAUGAUUAUCCUUUUAUUUUUGAUUUCAUUUCUAAGAAGAAUUGGGAUUUAUUUUAUUUACGAUGACAUCGUUGCACUUCGAUGUUGUUUUUUUCUUUAUUCUUUUUGGUCACUGAACACUGAAACUUUAAGAUUCAAAUUAUUCCGUAGUUAAAAAUAGACUUCGUCUAUCGGUAGUAGGGUGGAGACUGCAACUGUUUACGUUUCCUCGUGUAAGAUUAGUAACAGACAAAAUGCCUUUUAAACCAGUAGAACAUCCCAAGUGUCCCAAAUGCGGCAAAUCCGUGUACGCUGCAGAAGAACGUGUUGCUGGAGGACUCAAAUGGCACAAGAUGUGCUUCAAGUGUGGUCUGUGCGGCAAAUUACUCGACUCGACAAACUGCACCGAGCACGAGGGUGAGCUUUUUUGCAAAGUGUGCCAUGGACGCAAGUUCGGUCCUAAGGGAUACGGCUUCGGUGGAGGCGCUGGUUGCCUGUCCAUGGAUCAGGGCGAACAUUUGAAGAGUAGCGAGGAACUCGCGAGAGGAUCGAACGCCAUUCUGGAACCAAGAGCCAUCGCGAAGGCGCCAGAAGGAGAGGGUUGUCCUCGAUGCGGAGGAUACGUGUACGCUGCCGAACAGAUGCUGGCCAGAGGAAGGGCUUACCAUAAGCAAUGCUACAAGUGCAAAACCUGUCAUCGGUCUCUGGACUCGACGCUUCAUUGCGAUGGUCCUGAUCGCGAGAUAUAUUGUCGAGCUUGCUAUCCGAAGAAAUUCGGUCCGCGAGGUAUUGGCCACGCUGGGGUUAUGUGGAUCGGGCUGCAGUGCGAUAUUGAGGACGAGGGCGAGGCAGCUCCUCGUACAACCGUGAUCGACACCGCCAUAAUCAAAGCCCCGCCCGGCAAAGGUUGUCCACGUUGCGGCGGCGUCGUGUUCGCCGCCGAACAGGUGCUCGCGAAGGGCCGCGAAUGGCACAGAAAGUGCUACAAGUGUCACGACUGCAGCAAAACGCUCGACUCGAUCAUCGCCUGCGACGGGCCCGACAAAGACGUCUACUGUAAAACCUGCUACGGAAAGAAAUGGGGACCGCACGGAUACGGAUUCGCAUGUGGUUCGGGAUUCUUACAAACCGAUGGUCUAACGGAGGAAGAGAUUUCGGCUAGUCGACCAUUCUACAAUCCCGAUACGACGGCAAUCAAGGCGCCAGCCGGUCAAGGUUGCCCUCGUUGCGGUGGCAUGGUAUUCGCCGCCGAACAACAGCUUGCCAAGGGGACUAUGUGGCACAAGAAAUGCUUCAACUGCGCCGAGUGCCAUCGACCUCUCGACUCUAUGCUGGCCUGCGAUGGACCCGACAAGGAGAUUCACUGCCGAUCGUGCUACGGCAAGCUUUUCGGACCCAAAGGAUUCGGGUUCGGACAUACCCCGACCCUCGUUUCAACCGAUGGGGAUCACGCUCCCUCCUACAUCGAUGCAAAGCCUCAGGUUGGGCAGAAGCGGAGCGACGGGCACGGGUGCGCGCGUUGCGGCUACCCCGUGUACGCUGCCGAGCAGAUGAUCUCGAAGAAUCGCGUGUGGCACAAGCGUUGCUUCAGCUGCGCCGAGUGCCACCGCUCGUUAGACUCGACGAAUCUGAACGACGGCCCAGACGGAGACAUUUAUUGUCGCGGAUGUUACAACCGGAAUUUCGGGCCGAAGGGGGUGGGCUUCGGCAUGGGCGCGGGCACCCUGACGAUGGCCUAACUUGUUCAGAGAUAUAUUCAACACCAGCUCGAACCAGUCUCAUAUAUAUAUAUACAUAUAUAUAUAUAUAUAUAAAUAUAAAUAUACACAUAAAUAUAAUUAUAUCCAAUAUAUAUACGUGCGAAUAAACGAUCGCGGAUAAUAUACUCGCUCGCAACGCUUAAUAAAAUUCAUUGUUGAUCUUCUCUAUUGCGGAUUCCUUCGUUUAUUCGUAUGUAUAGAAAUAUGUAUAUGUAUAGACGCCUGACUCCUCGAAAAAACUAAUUUUUCGCGAAAAAAUUUCACGCUGCUCCGAAAACCAAAGAGAAAAGAAAAGAAAGGGAAGGAAAAGAAAAAGAAAAGGAAGAAAACAAGCAAAGAGAAAAGAAAAAAGUCAAAGAAAAAUUCUCGUUUCUUUCUUUCGUUUCAACGACGUUUUUUUAAUCGCUUAAAUAUAUAUAUAUAUAUAAUUCGAUUCGAUCUUCUUACCGAAGAACUGCGCGCGCGCACUGCGAUUUUCCAUUCGUCGAUGAUUCCGUCUCCUCGAUGAUGCGCCGCACGAAACGACCACGCGAUACGCAAUCGAUUAAUCGAACUGUGAACGAGCAAGCUUUUAUUACUUUUGUAUAAGGCGAAAAUUUGCGAUCCGAGAUCGAGAAGCUCCGCGGAAGCUUCCUUCUCCCUGGGAACGGGGUAGAAUAUAUAUAUAUAUAUGUAUAUAUUCUAUAUAUAUAUAUAUUUAUAUAUAUAUUCCAUCCGUCGGCAUCCUGUUUUUUUUCUUUCUUUCGUUCUUUCUUUCUUUCUUUUUUUUUCGAACCAAGGACUUGGAAUUCGGGACCAAUACUGAUUCGGGGAAACUUUAGAAUUUAUCCAUCGAUCUUAUCUCUCAUAAAAGCGUGCAAGCCAGCAAAGGAUCCGCCCCCUUUAUCCUCGGGAGAAGGAUAUACACGAGGCUGACACAAGAAAAGUACAAAGUAUACAAAUCCGUAUAUAUUGCCUGGAUUGCGAUCAGGAGCAACGAUUGUAGUGUUAAAACGACGAACAAGAAGAAGUGGCGAGCGAAGAAGAGCAAGGGACGAAGAUGCGAAAGAUAAAUAAAAAAAGAAAAAAAGAAUGAUUAUUUUCAAUAAAUGUAAUAUGUUUCGAAAAAAAAGGAAAAGAAAAUAAUAAUAACUACAAUAAUGAUAA